AUACCUCUCAUCCCUGCAUGAAUGGGCAUUUGAAAGUGCCAUUGUCAAAGGUUUGCAAGCAUGGAGAACUCAUCAAUGCUUUCCUCCUUGAAUGACGAAUGUAAAUUAGACAAUUACAUUGAACCUCACUACAAGGAAUGGUAUCGAGUAGCUGUGGACACACUGAUUGAACAGGGUUUAGAUGCAUACCAAGAAUUUCUUGCCAAGGAACGAGUGUCAGACUUUCUAGCUGAGGAGGAAAUUAAUUAUAUUUUGAAAAAUGUUCAAAAAGUGGCACAAUGCACAGCAUAUGGUACUGAUAAUUCCUGCGAUGAUACCUCAUCUUCAGGGACUUACUGGCCCAUUGAGUCUGAUGUGGAAGCUCCAAAUCUUGACUUGGGCUGGCCAUAUGUGAUGCCUGGACUCUUAAGGGGUACCCAAAUUGACCUCCUCUUUCAUCCACCAAGAGCACAACUACUUACAAUUAAGGAAACCAUUCGGAAGAUGAUAAAAGAAGCAAGAAAGGUCAUUGCUUUAGUGAUGGAUAUAUUUACAGACGUGGACAUUUUCAAAGAAAUAGUGGAGGCAUCAACUCGAGGGAUACCUGUAUACAUUCUGCUUGAUGAGUCAAACUUUAAUCAUUUCCUAAGUAUGACCGAGAAACAGGGCUGUCAAGUUCAACGUCUCAGAAAUAUCCGAGUGCGGACAGUAAAAGGCCAAGAUUAUCUUUCCAAAACAGGAGCAAAAUUUCAUGGAAAAAUGGAACAGAAAUUUUUGUUAAUUGACUGCCACAAAGUUAUGUAUGGUUCCUACAGCUACAUGUGGUCAUUUGAAAAAGCACACCUGAGCAUGGUUCAGAUAAUCACAGGACAACUUGUUGAGUCCUUUGAUGAAGAAUUUAGGACUCUCUAUGCCAGGUCCUGUGUCCCCAGCUCAUUAGAAUGGGAAGAGUCAGCAAGGGUGAAGCACAGCAAAGCACUCUGGGAGAAUGGCACUUACCAGCGUUCAGUGUCUUCCUUAGCUUCCAUUUCCAGCCAAAGAAACCUUUUUGGUACACAAGACAAAAUUCAUAAACUAGAUUCUAGCUACUUCAAAAACAGAGGGAUAUAUACUCUCAAUGAACGUGACAGAUAUAACAUAAGAAAUCAUAUAUACAAACCUCAUUUUGUUCCCAACUUUAAUGGUCCAAUCCGUCAGCAUCAACACAGUCAGAUAAAUGAAAAUUGGAAGAGGCAUAGUUAUGCUGGGGAACAGCCAGAAACAGCACCAUACCUGCUGCUUAACAGGGCUCUGAAUCGAACCGUUAAUGCUCCCUGUAAUUGGAAAAGGCCUUCAGAUAGUCUCAGUGUGGCAUCCUCAUCACAGGGAGGCUAUGCAGGCCACCAGAACACACCUGCCCAGAGUUUUGCUGACCGACUUGCCCAGAGGAAGACGACAGACCUUCCAGAAAGGAAUUCCAAUGUGCGGAGAUCUUUUAACGGGACAGAUAAUCAUAUUCGCUUUUUGCAACAACACAUGCCAACCCUUGAACAUACCACCAAGUCAUUCUUGCGUAACUGGAGAAUUGAAUCCUACUUAAAUGAUCAUUCAGAAGCUUCCCGUGAUUCCAAUGGAUCGGUUCUAGGUGACCGGUUUGAGGGGUACGACGGUCCUGAGAAUUUGAAAGCCAAUACCUUUUAUACUCACUCUCGGCUUCGUUCUUCUUUUGUGUUUAAACCCACUUUACCUAAGCAACAGGAAGUUAACAGUUGUACAACUGACUCCUCAAAUUCAACAGUCAUUGGUUCCCAGGGAAGUGACACGCCUAAAAAGAUCCCAGACACCCCAACAGGCGCACAGCAUCCAACAGACAAACCCUCACAGGAAUCAACCCCCAAGCUCCCGUUGCAGUCAGAGGCACCAAAAACGCACACCCUACAGGUUCCCGAAAGCCACCUGGCAGUUUUAAUCCCAACUACAAAUGGCCCUAUGGACUCAAACAACCAUUUAUAUACAACCUUGUCUGUAAAUAAGCAAACAGAAAACCUAAAGAAUCAACAAAAUAAGAAUCUGCUUAAAAGGCGAAGUUUCCCAUUCACUGACCACUCAAAAGCCAAUUUAAAUCAUGGAAAUAGUAAGCAUUAUGUGUAUAGUACAUUUACCAGGAAUCCAAUUAGACAACCAGAAAAACCUAAAGAGGAUUUGUUAAAAAGUUCUAAAAGUGUUCAUAAUGUGACCCAUGCCAUGGAAGAGGAUGAGGAAGAGGUUACCAAGAGAGACCCUCCGAGUAGCACUGUUAUCAAGUCAAUUUCCAUCGCUGCUUUGCUUGAUGUGAAUAAAGAAGAACCCAACAAAGAACUCACUUCCAAGAAAGAAGUGAAGGGUUCCCCAAGUUUUUUGAAAAAGGGAUCUCUGAAGUUAAGGUCAUUACUUAGCCUUACCCCAGAAAAGAAAGAAAAUCUAUCCAAAAAUAAAGCACCUGCCUUUUAUAGAAUGUGUAGUAGUUCUGACACUUUAGUUUCUGAGGCUGAAGAGAAUCAAAAACAAAAAAAAUCAGAACCCAAAAUUGAUUCGUCUCCUAGAAGAAAACAUUCCUCUUCAUCCAGCUCUCCAGGCAGCAUCCACAAGGAUAAGGAAGAUGUAGCAGUUCGUUCAUCUCAGGGGAUACAUUCUUCAUCUGAUGAAAGUAACAAAACUAUACCUUCUUCAAGUCCAGUUGAAAGCAAGUUCUUGGAAAGAGCAGGAGAUGCCUCUGCCCCGAGAUUCAACACUGAGCAGAUCCAGUACCAAGAUUCAAAGGAGAUUAAAGCAAUUGUUGUUCCUGAAAGAAAACCAGCUUCUUCUCUAAGACCAAAGCCCAAUGAUGAGCUUAUAAGAACUCAUUCAAUUGACCGGCGUGUUUACAGUCGUUUUGAACCAUUUUGUAGUAUUGAAAGCUCUAUUCAGCCAACAAGCAACAUGCCAAAUACCAGUACACACCACCCAGAAAUGAAAUCCUCAGCUAUGGGCAAUAGUUAUGGCAGGUCCAGCCCAAUGCUUAAUUACAACACUGGUGUUUACCACUCAUAUCAGCCAAAUGAAAACAAGUUUCGAGGAUUUAUACAGAAGUUUGGAAACUUCAUAAACAAAAAUAAAUGAAAUACUGUAACUACAAAUAGACUUUAAAAUACAGAAUAAAUGUGGCUAUAAAUAUUUGUCCAAAGAACAUUGUAGA